AUGGUGGUUUUCGGACAGUUCGUGCUGGGCCCACCGGGCGCGGGAAAGAGCACUUACUGCACAGGAAUGCAGCAGCUGCUUGGAGCGCUGAAGCGGCCCCGAACUCUUAUCAACCUCGACCCGGCCAAUGACGACCUGCCGUACGACUGCGACAUUGACAUCCGUGAGCUUGUCAGUGUCGAGGAUGUCAUGGCUGAGCUUGAUCUUGGACCUAAUGGUGCCCUUCUCUAUGCCAUGGAGUACAUCGAGGUCAACAUUGAUUGGCUGAUCACCCGGAUACGGCAAGUCACAGCCGACACGGCCAUUCCUUACGUCUUCUUUGACUCUCCGGGGCAGGCUGCGCUGACGGUGUAG